AUGUGCUCACAAUGUUGUGGUGGUGUUUGUUGUGGGGGGUGGGGGGUGGGGUUUGGUGGUUGUGGAGGUGGUGGUGAUGGUAGAGGUGGAGGUGGAGAUGGAGGUGGAGGUGGAGGUGGAGAUGGAGGUGAUGGUGGUGGUGGAGGUGAAGUGGAGGUUGUGGUUGUGGUGGUGGUGGGGGUGAGGUGGAGGUGGAGGUGGUGGUGGUGUGUGGUGGGUGGUGGUGGUGAUGAAGGUGGAGGUGAUGUAGUGGUGGUGGUAGACGAUGGCAUGUUGCUUCCAGAAGGACAAGAAAUUGCAGUGAAAAGGCUGUCCAAAAUUUCAAGGCAAGGGUUGAAGGAGUUCAAAAACGAAAUUUCAGUAAUUUGUAAGCUCCAACACAGGAAUUUGGUUAGGCUUUUGGGAUGUUGCAUUGAAGCAGAAGAAAGUAUACUAAUUUAUGAGUACAUGCCGAACAACAGCCUGGAUUCUUUCAUUUUUGAUUCAGGCAAACGGAUGCUUUUGGAUUGGAGAAAGCGCAUGAACAUUAUCGAAGGGAUUGCUCAAGGUCUUCUGUAUCUUCAUAAAUACUCAAGAUUAAGGAUCAUUCACCGAGAUUUAAAGACCAGUAAUAUUCUGUUGGACUGUGACAUGAACCCAAAAAUAUCAGAUUUUGGCAUGGCACGAAUUUUUGAGGAUAAUGACACUAGGGGACAAACAAAUCGGGUUGUUGGUACAUUAAGAUGUCUAAUUAACACAUUUUCACCAAUGAUUGUCAGCGGUUAUAUGUCUCCGGAGUAUGCCAUGGAUGGUCUUUUUUCCGAAAAAUCAGAUGUGUUCAGCUUUGGGGUGAUUAUACUAGAGAUCGUAAGUGGCAAGAAGAGUAUAUCCUUCUUUGAGGCUGAUCGAUCUCUAAACUUGCUAGGCAAAGCUUGGGAUUUGUGGAAAAAAGGCAAGACCAUGGAGUUGAUGGAUCCAACAUUGAGGAAUUAUUUUUCAAGCACUGAAGUCACCAGAUGCAUUCAGAUGGGUCUUUUGUGUGUGCAAGAAAGAGCUAUGGACCGACCAACCAUGUCGGAUGUUGUUUCAACGCUAAGCAAUGAAACAAUUGCUCUGCCUCUUCCUAAAGAACCUGCAUUUUUGAGUCGAUCCAGUGAUGCAGAAUCAUCUUCAAGUAGGCAAAGACGUCACUCUGGAUAUGAUAUAACGAUUUCAGAAGUAGAUGGAAGGUAG